GGGAGCGGGGAAGCGGGAGGCGAGUUCCGGGGCUCGCUCAGUUCCUCCCUGCUCCGGGCCGCGGCCCGCUGGAGCCGGAGCUGCGAGCAGGAGCCGCCCGCUCCUGUUCCUCUGCUCUCAGACUCCAUCUUCCGCCCCCCCUGGGGCGGGGGGGGGGCCUUGGACGGUGCCAUGAGACUGGCAGGUCCCCUACGCGUGGUGGUGAUCAUCCUCACUGCUGGGCUCACCUGGAUCCUCGUCAGCCUCCUGCUGGGCACCCAGAGUGGCUUCUCUCGCCUCCAGCAGCUCCUCAGCAGUCCUGAGAACCUCCCCACGGCAGUGUCAGGCUGGGGCAGCUCGGCUGUGCCCCUUCAGGCCAGCACCGCCCCCUCAGGCAGGGCGGGAGCCAGAAGCAGACAGAACAAGCCGCGGCCCAGGAGGUAUAAGUGUGGCCUCCCGCAGCCCUGCCCCGAGCAGCAUCUUGCCUUCCGCCUGGUCAGCGGUGCCGCCAACGUCAUCGGGCCCAAGAUCUGCCUGGAGGAUAAAAUGCUAAUGAGCAGCGUGAAGAACAAUGUGGGGCGGGGCCUGAACAUCGCCCUGGUGAAUGGGGUCAAUGGGGAUCUCAUUGAUGUCAGGUUCUUCGACAUGUGGGCUGGAGACGUCAACGAGCUGCUGAAAUUCAUUCGGACGCUGCACGAGGGAACCCUGGUGUUCGUGGCCUCAUACGACGACCCAGCCACCAAGAUGAACGAAGAGACGCGGAGGAUUUUCAGCGAGCUCGGCAGCAGUGUGGCCAAGGAGCUUGGAUUCCGCGACAGCUGGGUCUUCGUGGGGGCCAAGGGGGUGCAGGACAAAAGCCCCUUUGAGCAGCACACCAAGAACAGCAAGAGCACCAACAAGUACGAAGGCUGGCCGGAGGCGCUGGAGAUGGAGGGCUGCAUCCCCCAAAGAAAGGCUGAUGGCCAGUGACCCCCUCCCCUGACACUGUGCUGUCUGCCCCAUCCUGGGGACGGGGGCUUGCUCCUUGGGUCUGGCAGGGGGUCCCCUUUCUCCGGCCCCCGCAAGGAUGGGCCAGAUUGUUUCUGGCAGGGUGCCUGCCCCACUGAUUUCCUCGCUGGUGGCUGGGAAUUCAAGGCCCCAUCCCCUCUAAGUGCCUUGUUCCCCCAGGCAGGUGUUAAACCCAGGUGCAUUCCUUCCCUUACGGACAGUCUCUUGAGUGUGGAGGGGCUUGUUCCCUCUUCUCUACCCUGGAAUUAUCCCCGUUCCAUGGAGAGUGAUGCCCCCAGUUCCAACCUGGUGGGGAUGGGGAUCUGCUUGGGCCAGUCCCCUCCCUGCUGUGGUGAUUCAGUCGUGUCCCCCUCUGCUGAGAGGGGAAACUGCGGGGUGAGGGGGGUGUUCUAGCUUGAGGGCAGAGGGGUCUGUAACCUCCCACAGCCUGGGCCCUCCAUGGGGUCUGAAUAAAUGCAGCACAGAGAGUGCA